AUGCAUAUUGAGGAGGCGACCUCUGCUCUUCAAGACGAUAUUGAAGAGGAAAAGGCGAAUUCAGUCUACGAGGGAAAUGCUGUCGGGUACAAGGAAUACCGAGAAGGGUUGCACCUCGAGUUCACUGCAAAGGAGAAUGCCAAUGUCAGAUGGAAGAUUGAUUUCAUCGUACUACCUAUCUUCCUCGUCACUCAAGCGUUGCAGUUCAUGGACAAGACGGCCCUGAACUAUGCAAACCUCCUCGGAUACCAAGAGACGCUGCAUUUAAAAGGCCAACAGUUCAAUUACCUUUCCGCAAUGGUGUACGCCGGCUACUUCUUUGGCCAAUACCCGUGUGGAUGGCUCGUUGGAAGGUUCCCAGCGCAACGCAUCUUGGGAGUGAGCUGCAUGAUGUGGGGUUUAAUGGUCAUUAUCAUGACUCAAUGCCACACAUUCUCCAGUGCUUUGGCUGCUCGUUUCAUCAUGGGUAUAUUUGAAGCUGCUGUCACGCCUGGCUUAACCCUCAUGACCGGAUUUUGGUAUACCCGACAGGAAAUUCCUUUCCGUCAAUGUAUUUGGUACUCGGCGCUUGGAUGGGGUGGUAUUGUAGGAUCCUAUAUUUCCUUAGGUAUUACCAAACUUCCAGUCGACUUCAGUCCGGCACGCUGGGAGCUGUUAUUCUACAUUCUCGGAGGUGCCACCUGUCUCUGGGCGUUUGUGAUCUUCUUUGUUUUGCCUGAUUCCCCCUCAAGUGCCUUCUUCUUGUCAAGGGCCGAGCGCAUCAUUGCAGUCAAGCGAGUCGCUGGUAACGAAACCGGAAUCAAGAACAAAGCCUUUGAUACGAAGCAGGGUAUGAUUGCGUUCACUGAUCCAAAGGCGAUCUUGCUCUUCAUUUCAGUGUUUGCUGCUGCCAUUCCAAAUGGCGUUGUCAACUCUUUUUCGACAAUCAUCAUCAAAGACAUGGGAUUUUCCCAAACGAGAACCACACAGUUGAAAUCGGUUGGUGAUGCAAUUGUUAUCAUCGCGUUGAUCAUCGGUGGCACUAUCACGUUGAAUGUGCCAAACUCCCGACUACUCACCUCCACUGCUGCCAAUAUUCUAUGCACCGUUGCUGCUGCGUGUAUGGCGUAUCUUCCCAGGGAGCAAAAGUGGCAGAGACUCGUUUGCUUUUGGCUGGUGAAUUCGCAAUCUGUCGGCUUCACAGUCUCAUUGGUUACAAUCUCUUCAAACAUGGCUGGUUAUACUCACAGGGCUAUGGCGAACGCUCUCGUGUUCACUGCCUAUUGCUGGGGUAAUUUUGCAGGGCCAUUCGUGGUAAAGUCAUCUGAGGCCCCGGAAUAUAAAGGCGCUACGAUUGGUCUGCUGGUCGGUUACGCAAUUAAGGCAGGAUGCCAUCUCUCAUUGCUCGGUUAUAUGUAUACGGUCAAUCGCCGUCGUGACUCACGCUACGGUCCGGCCGACAAGGCCAGAAGUAACGAAGCCGGAAUGCAGGAUCGGACCGAGUUUGAAAACAAAGAUUUCAGAUAUGUGCUCUAG